AUGUCGAUUCAUUCAGGACAAAAGCUGUUUUUCCCAAACAUCGUCUUCCGACUAGUCCGAUCGACACUACCUCCUCAUCAAGCUCUCUUCCGUAUCCCUCGCCAAGUCAACAAGCUAGAUGUAAAAGCGUAUUUGAAGGCCAUCUACGAUGUCGAAGUGACGGAUGUGAGAACCGCAAACUACAAUAGUAAAAUGACUACCGAUAUUAAGAACAGCAGUCUCAAUAAACGGGCUGCCAUGGUUAGAACUCCGGCUUAUAAGAGAGCUAUUGUCACUAUGAAACAGGAUUUUGUCUUUCCUGCUGUACCCAAGGUUGGCGAGAAUGGAGUACAGCCAUUGCCACCUGCCAAUAUCCGAGCCUAUCCAGCACGUAAUCGUGAAAACUUUAGACUUGACUUCUACAAGGACUUUUAUACAGAAAUGAGUAACUUGUCUCGUCGAGCUGAAGCCAUUGAACGUGGUGAAGAAGUAGCAGAACCACCUAAACAGAAAUUGGGCUAUCUAUCUGCAAAGAGGAAACGUAUCGUCGAUGGAGCUCUUAAACCACUCCGAGAUAUUGUAGAAGAACGAAUCGCUGCUUUGCCAAAGAAGGCCAAGGAAUAG